GAAUCCGGUCUGCUUGAUCGUCGCUCACAUCUCGUCUCACACCACUGUGUUUUCCAUCAGCAGCAUCGUCACCGCCGCUACCACUGCUCCAACCUGCUUGUCUCAUCCGCUGUUUGGGGAUUAUUUUUCUGUCUGUCCCUUGACAGCUCUCACUCGUUGAAACGAAUCCAAUCUAUCCUUGCGCGGAUUGACGCCGGCGGCAACCAUGUCCUUCAAUCCUCAGACACCACAAAGCCCGUCGCAAUUCUCACCGAGUACUGCCGACCAUUCACACAGCGUUAACUCGUCGAUGGCGUCCAGUAUGACCACGCUGCCUACUCCCGCUCACUCGAUCAACGGCACUUCCGCCUCGGACCAUCACGACUCCGCUAUGCUCGACGACUUCACCCUCAAGCGAAAGCGCACAGAUCACGAUGCCGGGCUAGCAGGGAAGAAAGCCUACCUCGAGGAUCCUCGCAACUCUGGUAUCAAAGACCUGCAUCUCGAUGUUGGCGAGAAGUAUCUCCUUUGCAGAACUCCUCAUUCCGUGGCAUACCCAAACAUGUGCGACGAUCUCUUUGAGAUCUUCAACCUCACGGGUAUCGCCGCCGACUACGCUCGUGUCAAACCCAACGGUGAGAAGAACGCACUGAGGAAGACGUACAAGGGACAAAUGAAGCAGCUCGGCGUCAAUGGUCACUUUGACAGCACGAGGAAGGAAGUCGACGAUCCAGCGGGUUUCUUCGCCAUGAUCAAUCUGCCCGAAACGGAAUGGCACGCGUUCCAAGUGCAGGGCAAGGAAAUCGAGAAGGGCUUCUCCGACAUCAUUCUGCAAUCAGCACUCGGCAAGGCUACUCUGAUGGCAAAGGGCCCUAUUCCCAAGGGCGUCUGGGACAGCGCCGUCCUCGGCGAUCUCGCUCCCAGCAAUGUUCAGAAGAAACCCAGUGCCAAAGCCCCCACAACACCAGCAAUGUCUGCCCAGCCUUCCGCCGCCAAGUCGUCUAGCAUGGACGCUGCCCAGAUUGAGCGACUGAGACGCAACGGCAAGAAGCGCAGCUACCAGGACAGCAGCUUUGAAGGUUACAGCGAAUCGUUCCAGGACGAUGAAGGCGGCUACUCUACAGGCGGCGACGAUCGCUCGAAUCUUCUUAAGCGGCGCAAGAAGGUAUAGUUUACCACUCGCAGAAGUCGACCUUGAUCAUCCGAUUCGACAUGUCAUUACCCUUGUCGGCGGUCGGCGAUCGGUGAUGCGCCUCCAUUCACAUUCGCUAUGACAUUCGCGCGGCGUACCAUCGCCG